UUUCAGGGUAGCCAGAGUUACCUUGUCUCGAAAAACGCCAUCAACAAAAAAGUAAGUAAAAGCUCUGUGGACUUAAGAACAAUACUGAAUAGUACCAGAGAGAACUACCACCAAACCGGGUCAGGUAUGAAGGUUUUACACAGGCCUUCAAUUUCCAACUCGUACUACUAGUACUCAACUCAUGGCGCACAUUUUACCAAAGAAGAAACCAAAGCAGAGAUGCUGGACCACAAGUUGAAGUCACAACGUCAGCCGGUAACAGAGCCCCGAGCCUCAGCUCCCCCGCGGCACAGUGAGUUCCGGAAGAAGCAGCCGGGCAAGAGGGCGGGCGCACUCUUACAAGGACGGCCCGCGGGGUCAAGCCGGCUCAGACCUGGCGCGACCCAAACGCUAGACGAAUGGCCUCCCAAGCCCGCCCCUCGCAAAGCGACUGCAGGGACCCCCUCACUCACACCGGCUUUCUGAUGCGCCGGGUCUGGGGAGCGCAGUUGGGCGCCCGCGAAGUCGUACGCGGAACUCAGCUCAGGCCGCCGCCAUCUUUCUUCCGGGAACGGGCGAAUAAGACAACCGGGAACCGUGAGAAAAACCACAGCCUCGGGCACGAAUCUCGAAGCCACCAUCUUUCUUACGGGCGGAAGCAACCUCUGAGAAACAACCAAUAGAAAUGGCGCAUGGAGUCACGUGUCAAUCAUCCUUAGACCAAGCCCUAGCCUUCAAAGCCGCCCUGGAUAUCAGCUUCAGGGAGUCUAAACGCCUAGCCACCGUGUGCCUCGGGGCUCCUCCCACGGUUACCAGGCCUAACCUGCCACGACAGUCUCCGAGUCGCGCAGGCGCCUUCCAGCCUCCGCGCCUGCGCGACUCGGCGACCUCCCGCCCGCAGCAUGAAGGUACUUCGGCGUGCUUGGCGGCACCGGGUGGUGCUGGGCCUAGGCGGCCUGGCGUUUUGCAGCACCACUCUGUUGUACUUAGCGCGCUGCGCUUCUGAGGGCGAGACGCCCUCCGCCUCUGGAGCCGCUCGACCCCGCGCUAAAGCUUUCCUGGCAGUGCUAGUGGCUAGUGCGCCCCGCGCGGUUGAGCGCCGCACCGCAGUGCGCAGCACGUGGCUGGCACAAGAGAGGCGUGGCGGACCCAAGGACGUGUGGGCGCGCUUCGCUGUGGGCACUAGCGGCUUAGGCUCAGAGGAGCGGCGUACUCUAGAGCUCGAGCAAGCACAGCACGGGGACCUGCUACUGCUCCCCGCCUUGCGCGAUGCCUACGAGAACCUCACAGCCAAGGUCCUGGCCAUGCUAACAUGGCUGGACGACCAUGUGGACUUCGAGUUCGUGCUCAAGGCGGAUGACGACUCUUUUGCGCGCCUGGAUGCUAUACUGGUGGAGCUACGCUCACGUGAGCCCGCACGCCGCCGGCGCCUCUAUUGGGGCUUCUUUUCUGGGCGCGGUCGUGUCAAGCCGGGAGGUCGCUGGCGAGAAGCUGCCUGGCAACUCUGCGACUACUACCUGCCCUACGCACUGGGCGGUGGGUAUGUCCUUUCUGCGGACUUGGUGCAUUACCUGCGCCUCAGCCGCGAAUACCUGCGCGCAUGGCACAGUGAAGACGUAUCGCUGGGCACCUGGCUGGCACCAGUGGAUGUGCAACGGGAGCACGACCCACGCUUCGACACGGAGUACAAAUCUCGAGGCUGCAGCAAUCAGUAUCUGGUGACACACAAGCAAAGCCCACAGGACAUGUUGGAGAAGCAACAGAUGUUGCUGCACGAGGGCCGGUUGUGCAAGCAUGAGGUGCAAUUGCGCCUUUCCUAUGUCUAUGACUGGUCAGCACCACCCUCCCAGUGCUGCCAGCGCAAGGAGGGCAUUCCCUGAUGUCAUUGCGGGUGCUGUGGUCUUUCCUGACUCAGGCCAAGCUUCCUGAACAAUCUGAUCAAUUAUCUGGGGUGACCUUGGUUUAUCCAAUUACUGUUGAGACCUUGGGACUGAGGGCCAGAGACAGCUAACAAUGUCUAUUCCACUGAUCGGGCUCAUUAUUAGUGGUCUUAUGUAAGGCCUACCCAAGGACAUCUGGUUGUGGAUGUGGGGAUUGCAUCUGCACGCACACAGACACUCCCUGGCCUGUGUAAUGCCACCUAUCAGCCAUCUAGAGUGUGAGGGAAGAGGGCCUCCUCACUUGAUGAGCUUAGAGUGCCCUCAUUCUGCAUUCUGCAGCUCACUGCCCAUCUUGAAUGUUCUGUACAGCCUAACCUGCAGACGGUGUUGAAUUCAUCUCAAAAUGUUACUUGUCAAAGUUGUCUUUGUAGUGUUUGGACAAAGUUCCAUUCUGUUGUGUCUCCUGUUUUUAUCUUUUGUCAUGGACAAGUAGAGGUUUGACUUGGUUUUCAAGUCAGGGUAGAAUUUUUGUCUCUGUAGAUAGAGGUUGGUAAAUAUAAUGCAGUUUGCUUAGACCUAUUUAUAAAUAUUGUAUGCUUGUAUAGAUAAGAAUUUACAGAGGCAGGCAAAUCUCUGGGUUCAAGGCCAGCCUGGUCUACAGAGUGAGUCCAGGAUAGCCAGGACUUUGGCAGAGAAACCCUUAAAAUUUUUUAACUUGAGAAUGCAAGUCUUAUUUUAUUUUCAACUACUUAAGAAAAAUACUUGUGUCAGAAUUUGUAACUGUGGAUUAAUCUGUCAACAGCCUAAAUGGCCAACCCCACUGCUGAGUGUGUUUAAGACGUAGUAGAAUGUUUAAACUAUCUAUUUCUCUUUCAGGUUUACACAUAAGUCAGUCCCUUUGUGUGUUUGUUUGUUUCUGAACAGACACGACUUUUAAAGCUUUUCAGGGAGCGUGAUCAGUAUCCACACAAAGUUUGACUUUCAAAGUGGUUUAUUCACACCAAUAUUCCUUACAGUAUCAUACUAAUAUAAAAGUUAAACAGCUGUCUGACCAAGCAGGUUCCACUGGGAAAUCUCCAGUCAAUACAUUUCAGAAUCGUCUCAGACACCACCCACUGUCAAGUCCUUCAGUUAUCAAUUGUGGCAGACUGAAAGGAGGUCCUUGAGAGUGUAAGCUAGUCAGUGGCGGGCUUAUGUGGGCCCAGUAACAGCACCUGAAGUUCAGGAAUGACUAAGGCCAGGACCACCAAGAGAGUCUCAAGUCCUUUUGGUAUCAGCAUGGAGGCUAUGGAAGCCUUGUCACAGGAGCAUUGACAGUGUGAUCCUAGAAACCAUCUCCAGUGUUCAUUUCAUUGGGCUGCAGCUUUGAACUGGUUCACUGCCGUAUCAGUGCCACCUUAGGGUUAAUUCAUUAGCCUAUCCUGUACUAGGCUCUUAUGUUAGCUGCAGGGUGGGCAGCCAGUGGACUUGCUUCUGAGAUGUAGCUCUUAUCAAAGCUGCCUAGUGGCAAACUCAAGCCAAAAGACUUGAGUUACACAACAUGUUUUUUAAGCUAUGUUCCAUACAAGCUUCCACAAAAACCUUCAGAUUCCUUGUGUCUCAGCAAAGUUCCAGGAAUCCAAACCUGAGUUGAGGCUUCCUAAAUUCUCUCUUAAGGAAAUAAUAUUUGCUACCUAGCAUAGCACCCCAACCUCACAAACUUUAACAAUAUAUCAUACCCACUUUUAAUGUUAAAAAAAAAUUAAGAGUAUACUUAGAAAAAUAUAAUUAGGUGGCUCCAGAAAAAAGGGACAGCCUGUGCUGGCCUGGCCUUGACCUCCAGCUUUGGAUGAAGUUGCAAUCUCUAUUUUAAUAGGACUGAUGGUUGGGGUUUUGUUUUUUAUGAGACAAGAUCUAGAUAUGUAGCCUAGACUAGAUGUGAACUCAAUCCUGCCUAAUAGACUAGAUUUGAAUUAAAUCCUGCCUAGUGUCCUGACUACUGAGAUUACAGGCAUAAAGCACCAAACCUAGUUUACAUUAACUUUUUGUUUGUUUGGGUCUGUAUAGCCUGGGGGUAUUCCUGUCUGGGGGAACUGUGGGUGUGUGGGAAGGAGACCUGAUUGCCUGUCAUUAAUUUGCUUUUAAAUUUUCAGGCUGUAAACUUGAAUGUGUUU